CCACAUCUGUGGAAAUGAUGCCUUUUGGCCUAUUGCGUUCAAACAUGGAACUAACUAGCUAGGGUGGUUCUCAUCUUUGACAAAGACUUCUUGACAAAAGUUUCCCUUGCAGAGAGCCAGAGACCAUUCAAGACGUAUCUACACACACGAUAGCUGUCCACCAUUCACGUCCCUGCAAUUCAAUCAAAGGGAAGGGAUACUGCAGAUGCUUGAACCCUAAUGGCGGAGAUUGUCGGUUCUGCGGUUGUUCAGGAGUCAGUUAGCAAAAUCCUGUCUGGUCUGCUUCAAAAAUAUGAGGAGAAACAGAACCCAAUUGCGUUCAGAAACCUUGAGAGGCUAGAGAUGGCACACAUCAGGCUGGAGGCUGUUCUUCAGACAUCAGAUAAGUGGGACAUCACUGAUACAUCCUUGUUGCGUUGGCGUAGGAAGCUCAAGUCUGCUGCUCAAGAGUGUGAUGAUACGCUGCACAGAUGCAGGCAGAGAAUCCUAGAAGAUGAACACAUAGAAAAGGAAGUAAGCAAUUCCUCCCUUCCUAAGCGGGUUGUGCAUGCUACCAGGUCAUUCGUUUCUUCUAUCUUUAACCACGACAACGACGAAUUGAAUAUAUCCAUUGUUCAAAGAUUUGAAUGGUUUGCUGAUGGUGCUAGCGAAUUUCUGAGGUUACUAGAGCUUGGUGGGACACCAAGGUGUCACAUGCACUUUGACCCUCUUAUCAGGCACCUUCUUGAUGGCAAGAUACUACAACAUAGAAUCAUUAGUGCAAACAAAUGCCCUUUGCUUUUACAGUUGGCGCCAUUUUUUAGUGCAGAGCAUGGAAUUCAAGGUAGGCUUUACUUCAUGCAGAAAGAUCCUAAUGUGCCGGAUGAUGAUUUUUGCUUUACUGUAACACUGCAGCUUUCGGAGAGUACGGACAUAGUUGGGGUUGCAAUUCAGUGCUUACAUCUGUUUGCCCCUCUUUUCAUGUCUACGGUUGAAAACAUAAGGAAAAGGCUUAUGGAACUACCUACUGAAGACUUCUCGUGGGUACCAUAUGUUGAUUCACACCAGAAAAAAUAUUGGGACAAUGUUCACAGAUUUGGCAGUCAAUGGUUUCGCCCAAACCCAUUAUGUUGCAAGAAGCAUAAUAAGCAUGAACUUUGUCAUAGUUGCAAGCUAGACAAGUCAUCUGGAUUACCAUAUGUUUCUCUAGAACCGGUUAUUUAUGUAGGUCUGUGGUGCCAGGUCUCACUCUCAGAGUCCAACAAACAGAGGCUGUCACAGUCCGAAUGUAGAAGUUCUCUACAUGAUCAUCUAUAUCAGAGAGCUGGAGUCCUCUUUGCACCACAUGGCUCUUCAGAAGACAUGUUGCUUGUGGAUAAGUUUCCUGCAAUAGCAGCAACCAACAGUGAGGAACAACACUGUUUGCAUACUGUCUUUACCUUGGGACAACUUGAGGAGAUCAUGCUGCCAAAAGCAAUAGAUUUCUUCAGCCAGAAUGAGGAAGCGACAGUCUACCAAAUGCUUAGGAGGUCUAGGCAUGGCACUGCAUACAUUCAGGUUGAGAGAGCAAGAAUCUUCAUGCCAAGCACACAACAAAUGUUUCAUGGAGCUAAGAGAAGGAAGCUGUUGCAAGGACUGGAUGAGGAGUUGGAGUGCCUGACAUAUUGGGUCUCUCGCUUCCUUGUCUUAUGGACUUCUCAUGCAUCCGUCCAACUGGAAGGCUCGAACAUGGACUGGUAUCUGGAAGUAAAGGAAAAACACAAGCAGCACAUCACUGCGACCUGGAAUUCCUGAUCAGAUAUCUACCAUGGAUCGAUCAGUAUAAAAGAAUGGAGUGUUCCAUGAAAGGUUCAAAGUGUGGAUUUACUGUUCAUGACCAAGAACAGAUAUGCAUGUCAAAAGAACAGAGUACACAUAUUUUAAGAUCUCAAAUUUGGGACAGAUGCUCCGACUACAGGGUCAAAGACUCAACACAGAAGCAGAGCUACAGCACGGAGGAAUUUUUUUGUUACUCACCACACUAGUGACUUGUGUAUAAUAUCAAUAUAAUGCUGGUCUUAGUUGAGAACUCUGUCCUGGAUUAGGAAUGUAUGUGAGCUUUUUGUAUCGUGGUGUAUAUUAAUCACCAUUUGGAUCUUAUAGUGGACGUUCCAUGAUUAUAUA